CCCGGACCCGCGACCCCCCCCCCCCCUCCCACCCAGUGGCAGAGCCCAGAGUGCUGCGCUGCGUACGCCUCUGCCUUAUCGCAUAUGUGUCAUGUAGAUAUCGUCCUGAUAGUGAGCAGUCCACGGUAAGAGAGCUCGCCCAGCCGGCCGCCAGCGGCCUCGUUUUACCGCCUGUGACAGUGUGGCGCAGCGUCAAUACCGUUUACCAGUGGAGAAAGGAGAGGUUACCCGAGGGUAACCGCUCACUAACGUUCCUCUAGGUCAAGUGUGUGAAGGAUUGUGUGAAGGUGUGUGAAGUGUGAGUGCGUGAGUGCGUGCGCGUGCCGUGUCCGCCGCCGCGAUGGGCUGCUCGAGCGCGCUGCGCGGCGCGCUGCUGGCCGAGGCCGUGCUGGUGUUCGCCGGCGGCCUGCUGCUGCUGGUGGUCGGCGCCGACGCGCUGGUCUCUGACGGCUCGCGCGCCGCCGUGCUGGCCGGCGUGCUGCUGGCGCGCGGCGCCGCCUGGCUGCUGGUCACCGCCGGCCUGCUGCUCAUGCUGCUGGCGACGCUGGGCGGCAUGGGCGCGGCGCUGCGCCACCGCGGCCUCACCAUCGCCUUCUGCGUGCUCUCCGGCCUGCUGCUGGUCGUCACUCUGCUGGCCGCCGUCACGGCCAUGGUCAUGACCGGGCCGGCCUCGGACCAGCUGGAGACGGCGCUGUUCCGCUCCAUGGCCGAGUACGGCGAGGACGGCGCCGUCACCAACGGCUGGGACCUGCUGCAGAGCGGCUUCCACUGCUGCGGUGUCAGCGACGGCGACGACUGGCGGCGCAACGGCUCGCUGCCGGCGGCCGUUCCGUGGAGCUGCUGCCGCCGCUUCGCCAACGGCACGGUGAUGGCGUGCGAGGAGCAGCCGGAAGGCGCCGACUCGUUCUUCAGCACGGGCUGUCUGUCGGCGGCGCGGCAGCUGCUGACCACAGAAGGCUGGCUGAUCGGCGGCACCACCAUCGGCCUGACGGCACUGCUCAUCGCCUCCAUAGUGGCCGGGUGCUGCUUCAUCAGGACUCGAAAGGAUACAGUAUACGCGCAAAUAUAUCAUAAGUGACCAGGCGGAGGAGAGUGAAGAGAGCACCAAGGCCUUCACGUCCUCCGAGGGGACAGUGUUCGACUGCCCCCGCAUCAUCGGCUGUGCACGGAGGGCCAUCACUGCGGUCUGCGUCAUCAUUCAGGGGAGAGACGGCUGAGCCUGCUGUCUGACGGUCCUGCGGUCCACCAGACACGAGAGGAGGCGCUGGACCAUACCAUCGGACGGAGCGAUACUGGGGCAUCGGCAUCUGGCUAGUGUGGUACGGAUCGUCCCGCUCCACCUUCAGUCCAGAGGCAGCUCUGCACCGGCACCACAGCAGACGAGCGGCUGACGUACGCCACCUUGCGGAUUGACUCAGCAGCAAAGAGCAGACCGAAGCUCAGUCUUGCGCCGCGCUUUACCAAGACGUGCCCGCACGGUGCGACAGCCGGCCUCGCACACGGAAUGGGAAGCACUCCCGUGUGCGGUUCCGGCCUACUCCACCCCCCGCGUAGUAGCGUGGCGACAAACGCUGUACAAACUGACGAUUGACUCGAGAUGGACGUGCGGGCGGACAAAGCGCCGUUGGUGGAUCACGCUGUGUCAGUGUGAACUGUACCGGCACUGCCGGGCUCCUAGCUGGGUGUCGUGUCGCUUAUGGGUGUGGUGUAUGUAUGUGCGCCUGUACAUGUGUGUGGCAUUGGUGUUAUUUGUGAGGCGUGGUCGUAUACUAGUGAAAUGUAUACGUUAACGUC